GUAUCUUGCCGAGACCGCCACUGGUAGCGAGAAGAAGAACGAACAGGGGUACCUCGCAGAAUUUGCAACGGGUAAUGACAGGAAGGCGGCUGCAGAGAAUUCCCUGGUCGCUUACAAGGCAGCCAGCGACAUUGCCAUGACAGAACUGCCCCCCACACACCCCAUCAGGCUGGGCCUUGCACUGAACUUCUCCGUGUUCUACUAUGAGAUUUUGAACAGCCCUGAGCGAGCGUGUCGCCUGGCCAAGGCGGCCUUUGAUGAUGCCAUUGCAGAAUUGGACACCUUAUCAGAGGAGAGCUACAAGGACUCCACCCUAAUCAUGCAGCUUCUGCGUGAUAACCUCACGUUAUGGACUUCUGACAUGCAGGGCGAAGCUGGUGAGGGCGAGCAGAAGGAGCUCUUGCAGGAUGUGGAGGACCAGGAUGUGAGCUAAUGUGGCGGUGGCGGCGGUGGUUCCUUCACCUCUCCACCACCACCACCACACCUCCACCACCUCCACCUCCACCUCCACCUCCACUACCACCAUUUACCCUGAAGGCAAUGGAGCUCCCACACCCUCCUCUCCAACACUGCCACAGCUGUCUGGGCCGACUGGAGUCCCUCUCACAACAACGGAGAGAAGCAGGCGUGACUUUCUCUUUUUUUAUAUAUAUAUAUAUAUAUAUGAGUAUGUACAUUUCUCUCUCGUUCACCGUUGUCUCUCUCCCUCCCUUUUACUGACUCAAAAAAGGGUCACUCCUUCCCCGGAGAUUUUUGCGGAAAUUUGCGUUUCGUAGGGAAGGGGUUGGAUGGUGUUUCGUCCGCUCGUUUUCUCUUUUCCUUCUUUCUUGCCAUCUCACUUGCCGCAGACAUUUGCUAGAACCCUCGGCUGAGUGAGAGCUGCUCUGGCAGGAAGGCCAGAGUGUCACACCCACUCAAGCAGCACAGGGUGUGUCAAGGGAGCAGUGGAUAAUGCAUUUCCUGUCUCCUUUUUUCUGGUCUUGUUCUGUGUUUACAUAGUUUGUGGUCAUUGGCCAGGGCACUUUGGUUGCAUUCCUUGCACUGAGUGACAAGGCUGGGAGCUCCACUGUCAUGUUGGGAAAGGAUUUGGCGCAUCAUUCCAGUCCUAUGUCCUAAGUUAACACAUUUUUCAUCACACUUUGUGUUUGAAAAGAUUAUUCAUUGCAUCAUUUGUUGUGUAUUUAUUAUUGAUAUUGGUACAUGAUAAGAAGUUUAAAUGAUAGGUAGGUUAAUUACUUUUCUCCUGUUUCCUUGUUUUCCACUUUUUCUGUUCUUGAAAUUUUAUUUUUAAUACUAUAUACACACACCUCCUCCUGUCCCUCUCUCCUCCUUCCCUCGUCCCCAAAGCAUGGCUUUGAGGCCCUAGACAAAAGCCAUUCAGCGUUGCCCUCUAGCAUCCGCAGUCACAAGAAGUGGAUGUUGAGGGUUCUUCCCUGGGCUCCAUACUUGUCUGUCUGGCCUGGGGUUCCUGCGCUGGGUGGAGCCUCCUGGUCACUGCAGGCUCCUUUCCCCUUCGAAGACAUUGCUUGCCUCCUCCUCCUCCUCCUCCCCUACCCCCUACCCCCUACCCCCUACCCCCUACCCCCUACCCCCUACCCCCUACCCUGUACCCCCUACCCCAGUACCCAAUGGAUCCCACUGGGUAGCAGGAGACCAGUGCAUGUCCUCAAGUUACAGGAGGUUUAAUACACAAAAAUUCUCAACUCUUUUGUAUUCUGAAAAAAAAAAAAAAAAGGAAAAAAGAUUUAUUUUUUUUUUAUUUCUUUCCCCUUACCAUACUGUGUGAAUGAGCUAAAGCGCAUCUUGGCACUUUUUUCCUGCUUGGGGAAGUAGCACAGUUGAGUUAACGUGGAAUCCUAACCAUCUUUCAUUGUUGGUCUCUCUCUUUCUCUCUCUCUAUCCCAGUUGUCUCGUUGUACUUGAAGAGUAAGCGUUUGUAUAUUGACGCUAAAUAUGUUUCACUAGGAGAAAUAAAAAAACAAAAAACAAAAAACAAAAAAAGGUUUGGCGUAAUGGAGGCGCAGAGGACCCAGCACAGGAGCCCCAAGUAGAACGCCCAAGAGAGAGCACUUCAGGGGCCCAACUUGAUUGGAAAUGUGAGGCCUGGCGGUAGGCAUUUGGACAAACUCUCGUAGAGUGUAGUAAGCCACCCCUGACCCCUUCCCUCCUGCCCCCUUCCCCCCAGGUACCAGUCUCUCCCACUGGCUGUCCCGAGCAGCUCUCCAUUUGCGCCACUUUAGUGUUUACUCUGUAGAGUUCGCGCUUCAUUACACUCGUGCGUUUCCCCAGCUGUGUGUGGUCAAGAGGUCACAAAAAUUGACCAGGCUGUUGAGCGCUGAAUUGGGCCGCUCAUUUUCCUAUAUUUCCAUAGACACAGAGAGGUAGCUUGAUUGUUGAAGAGCCACAGGGUGCGCGGGUGAGCGGGGCAGAGGGCUCCAGGCUGAAGAGGCAGCUUGGGGUCUUGCGGUGCCUCACCUGCAGCCCAGGUAUGGCCACAGACAGAGUGAGUCGAGCUGCUGUGAACACUUUUCUGUUGUGAUGACCUUGGCCGAAUGUAUUAUAUUGGACACAUUAACAGUCGACUCCCAUCAUCCACCAGUCAGUUAGUCUUUGUCUUUGUAAUAAGAGUCCAGCCACCUUGUGUACUAUCAUUUUAGCCCUCGUCCCCCUCCCCCUUCACCUUGUUGCGUUUGGGUUGCUUGGUGCUGCUUGAUGUUGUUUCUGCAAAAUGAUUUCCCUUGUUUAGUCAGACUUUUCACUCUAAUUUGGGGGCCAAAGAACAGGUAGUGAUACCUUGGUGUGUCCCGGCGAUUUCAUGGGCGGGAAAGGACACAGUGCUUCCCUUGGCAAAAAAGGGAAAAGACAGCUGCUGGUGAGGCAACUCAAUGGUUUCUAGCUGGCAGAGGAUGUGUUCUUGCAUCCCAUUGCCUUUCUGGCUUCUAAAUUUCACACCAAAAAAAAAAAAAAAAAAAAAAAAAAGUACUUGUGUAGGUGAAUGAGACAAAUGCCAGGUUUUCUGUGUGCCUCGAUCUGAUCUGGCCUGGGAGAGCCCCUCUGUGGUGCCCUGUUCCACCCACCUGAGUGUCCAGCAUACACCACGUCUCGUUCUGACCCAUCCCCAUUCCCCAUGCACCCCCCCCCCCCCAUUAGUUGGCCAUGAUUCCCUCGCAGCAGGAAGGUUCGAUUGCCAAGCAGAGACACACAUCUGAAUGAAGGUUUUCCUCUUUUUUUUUAUCAGUUUUUAAAGCUUAGGUCAAGGUGUGGAAGGAGGCGUCUGCGUGGUGUGCUUGCGAGGGACGAAGUGGCUCGACCUGAUUCGCCUCGCCCUCAUUAGGCCCUAGGGCGGAAAGUGGAGACGAGGGCGGCAGAGGCUGAGCUGCCUGUGGUGCUUCAGUCAGGCUUUUUCCACUGAACUUUAUUUGGUUAUUGGAGUUGGUCAUUCAUUCUCUGUUGUCUUUCCAUUGUAUUAUUAUUAUUAUCAUUGUUGUAAUUAUUAUUAUUGUUAUUACUAUUAUUAUUAUUAUUAUUAUUAUUAUUAUUAUUAUUAUUAUCAUCAUCAUUAUCAUUAUUGUUAUUAUUAUUAUUAUUAUUAUAACUACUAGAAAUAGUUAUUUCAGUUGGUACUAUUGUUAUAAAAAGAAUCUUACAAUAAUUUCAUUAUCGUUAUUGUGAUUAUCAUAGUACCCUUCACAGCCUCUAAGGGAACAGUCCCAGAUGCAUCCCUAUGCGAGGCGGCUCGCAGAUUGUGUCGGGACCAGAUUUGUAUCUCCCCAAACAUUCCAGAAAGCACUUUGGUAUAACCGCCAUGGAAGCAGCCAAGCAAUUGUUUUACUUUUGUUAUUAUUAUCUUAAUUAUAUGAGUUUGUUGUAUGAUUUUUUUUUAUUAUUAUUAUUUUAAAAAAUUUUGCUAUCACUGUCAACAGAUAGCACUCAUAACCCUUCUUGGUGCUAGCAGAUACCUAUGCCUCCAAUGGCUGUCAUGUGGCAAUAAAACAAAACUGGAAAAUACCUUGAAAUAUUCGCCCUCAAAGCAAAAGAAUAUAGAUAAAUAGAUCAAUAAAAUAAUGGCAACUGACACAGGUGUAGCUUGGUAAAUUACAUGCAGGUUUAAGACAUAAGUAAUUAAAUAUAAAACUAUUUAAAAAAAAGAUUCAUACACACACUACAACAAAAAAAUAAACCAAAAAAAACAUAAAAAAAAAAUAAAAAAUAAAAAAAAUUCUUCAAGAAAAUGGCUUAAUUAGAGUUUGUAAUUUUAGUGUGACCCCCACUCCCCUCCUCCCCCUUCCACACCCCUCUCUCUCUCUCUUUGAAAAAAGAAGGUAAAAACAGUUGUAAACAGUUUCAAAGAUCUAGGAAGAGUUGAGCAUUGUGCUGGCUUACUCAUUCUGUUCAGGCUCUGCCCCACACUGUCCAGCUCGGCCUCGGAGUGCCACGUGUGGCCGCUUGUGUGAGAGGUUCCCUUGAGAGGAGAGAGGACUGUGGCUGCCUCCGGGCCUGAGGAACAGGUGUGUCGGCAGGGGACAGAAGUCUGUGUAAACAAAACAACGGAUAACUGGAUGGUGUAGUAGAUGUAUCAAUAGGAAUAAACAACUUGAAUACAAAAGUAAAUAUUUAUAUGUAUAAAGAAAACACCUGGCACAAUAAUAAUAAUAAUAAUAAUAAUACCUGUCGCUGCAGUCCACGAUUGGAACGACUUGACGUGUUGUAUUUUUUACUACAAUACCAGUGAACUAAAUAGAUGCUAUACACCAGGAGUUGUGAAUCUUGCUAGAAUGUUGACCCCCUCUAUGUAAAUACCAAAUUGUGAUAGGCAAAGCACACGUGUCAAUGCACUUGCAUGUCAAAAGUGUUUGAUUAAACCUCAUAUUCUCUAA